CAGGGUCUCUGUUACUUGGAACUCGAUUUAUUUCUUGGAAUAUUCACAUUUAACAUGGAAAAGGCUGAAUGUAUAAAGUUUAUUCUGUCGGAUAAAGAUCUCGUUAGAAGGGUGAAAGAAUGGAUCUCAAAAAGGGAAGACAUUCAACAAGCAAGUUUAGCUGCAUCCAGUUUCAAUUCUAUGGCUCUUGAUCACUUUUUAACAUCCUUGUCCAAUGAUGAUUUCGAUCAGAUGAUUCAAGAUCUUGACAUCGGAAAAGCAUUAACUGCAUCGAGGAGUUGUACUUCAAGUAGAGAUGGCUUGGCUAGUGCUUAUGAUCAUGUUAUUACCAAACUUGAUGAUGACAGUCAUGAUAAUGAUGUAGAAUGGGAUAUAAAUGCAAUGACUAACUUGAAGAUCACUCCCUCAAAACCGGAAAUCAAAUCUUCAGAAAUUACUGUAUCCAGAAUAGAAGUUUCAAGUGACUAUCGAGUUGUAUUUGAUGUAUAUGAUGAGGAUGAGGAUAAAGAUUUGAAAACUAAAGCCAAUCCAAUGGCAGCAACCCGGAAUUUCCCACCAGCACCAGAAAGCAAGACCCAGGAUACAGAAGAAUUGAAUGUCCAUGAUCAAAGAAACCCCAACAAAUGCAGUAACCCAGGAGAGGAAGCGACUGCUUUCAGAUCCCCAGGGAGUAUGGAUAUGACAGAGAAUAGCCCAGAUUCACAAACCUUUGAUUAUUCAAGUACUGAAGAAGAUGGAAGCCAGCAAAAUUAUGUCAGAAAUGAACCUAUUCCAAGGCGAACAAGUAAUAUGUCUGAUCCUGCUGAACAAAAUAGUGCAUUUGAGCAAUGUGAUCAUGACUUGCGCCAGCCAAGGUUGUUGGAGGCAUCUGACAGAAGUUCAGUGGUAGGCAAUAGUGAUCAAGGUCCCCCAGCAGUGACCUAUGGGACAGUACGUAGGGCAUCGACUGAAGACCGUGCAAGAGAACAUGCAUAUCCUAGUCCUCUAUCUGGAGACUUAUACCAAUCUGGUAACUACCAGCAUUCUCAUGGACCUAGGCUUGAAAAUCUUGGAGAUGCCAGGCAAUCUACUAGAUUUCCUGAUCAAAACCCUGUUCAAAACCCAUUGCAGCAGCUUCCCGUAGGCUUACAAUCGCCAAAUCCAAACUCCUCUCAGCUUAAUUUUCAAAAUCCUUGCCAGCUACCACCUGAGACUUUGCAUGCUAUUGUGAUGAUGCUUAAUAGAGAGUUAAUAAGACGAGGCAAUCAACCCAUAAGAUGUGACAGCUGUGCUAAUUUACAAGCAGAGAUUAAAAAUCUGAGAAAGAGCUCUAGAUGUCUUGGGCAGCAGUUAGAGCUACUCAAAUGGAAUUAUAUUCUCCUGGAGGAAUUCAUCAAGCAUUUAGAAGAGAUUCUAAAGCAGAAAGAAAAUGAUAAUAAAGAAAGCCUUCAGGUUAUUCGUUUUUUUCAUGAGAAAAUGGUUGAGAGGAAAAAUGAACUCUCAAAUUUAAAAAAAGAAAUAGAAGUAAUGAGAAAUAAAUUUGAGGAAGAAAGAAAGCAACUUUAUGAGAAAGCGGACAAUGAAGAUAAGGAACAAUCACAACUCUGUGAGCAGAUGAAAAAACAAACUGAGAUGCUUGAAAGAGUGAAUGAGAAAGUUUGUAAUGAACGGCAUGAGAAUCAAGUUUUACAGGAAAAACUGAAGCAAAAGUCUGAGGAAUCGCAAAAGGAAAAUCAGUUGCUAAAAGAGGAAAAUAAAAGGCUAACAAAAAAGUUAAAGGCUUCAGAAGCACGAGUAAACCAAUUAGAGCUAAGAAAUCAGACUUUGGAGGAGGAAAAGAGGACAUUAAGAGAAGCUUUUCAGCGUCUUGAAGAAGAAUACAUUUGCCGUGAGGCCCAGUUCAAUGAAAGAAUCAACCAGGAGAUAAAACAGCUAAUGGACUUGUUUGAAAAUUUAAAAGACCUUGCUCAAAGGCAUGGGUUUUUAAACUCUUUUGCUGGUUUAAACUUAGAGAGAGAGAAUGACAGUAAUUUUCCUCCACCUUAAAGAAUUAUUCAUUCACCAAACAAGACUAAAUUGAAGGCAGUGCUUCAUGGUAUUUCAUGGAUGUCUUCCUAGCCAAUGAAUGGUUUUUGAAUUUUAACACAAAAACAACACAGGUGGAUAAUAGUUGCUCACCAUGUUAUGCAUGCAUUAAAACAUGUCAUGUCUUAAUAAAUGUAAUUUAUAAGUACAUAAGUGUCUUAAUUAAUGAUGGUUUUAACUAUAUACAUAAAAACUUUUCAUAGAAUAAGAUAGGAUGUGAAACGUCAUUUUAUUCAGUCAUUAAAUUUUAACCUCUCAUGAAAUUGCUAUUGAGUAGGAAGCUCCACAUUUUAAAAUUACAAAAGAAUAUUAUUACAAUUAUUUGAAAAGUAUUUUCCUGAACACAUAUAUAUCUUAAAGUGCUUUAUGAGGUUUUUUCAAAAUUAACUGUCAGAGCCGAAGGAGAUCAGUUAAGCUAGGUCGAUCAUUCCAACACCAAAAGGAUUUCUAUGAUGCAUAAGCCUCAGCUUAAAUGUUGGCUGUUGUUGACAUUAAGCACAGCUAUUUACUUAUCUCAAAAUAUGUACUUCCAUGUUUUUGACAAGAAUGAUGAGGAACUAACCAUUCCAUCUAUUCCCUUUAGCUCUGACAACCUUAUAUUUAUUGCUCUGAGGUGUGUGUUAUAUA